CCUUGCUUUCUGUCUGACCUACUGGGAGUACAGGUUGGAGUAUGUUUGCUACUUAGCAGGAAACUGAAAUUCAGGCACAAGUUAUUGUAAACUCAAAGUGUGAAUAUGGGUGAAAAGAAACCGGAGCCUCUGGAUUUCGUAAAAGAUUUUCAGGAAUAUCUUACUCAACAGACACACCAUGUAAAUAUGAUUUCUGGAUCUGUUAGUGGGGACAAUGAAGCAGAUGCCCUUCAGGGAGCUGGGGCAGAUGGUGAUCAGAAUGGACUAGAUCAUCCUUCUGUUGAAGUUUCACUGGAUGAAAACUCAGGAAUGUUAGUGGAUGGGUUUGAAAGGACAUUUGAUGGAAAGCUGAAGUGUCGAUAUUGCAACUAUGCCAGCAAAGGAACAGCACGGCUUAUAGAGCAUAUCAGAAUUCACACAGGUGAAAAGCCACACAGAUGCCAUCUAUGUCCAUUUGCAUCAGCCUAUGAACGUCAUCUGGAAGCGCACAUGCGAUCACAUACUGGUGAAAAACCAUAUAAAUGCGAAUUGUGUUCCUUCCGCUGCAGUGACAGAAGUAACCUGUCUCAUCAUCGUAGACGCAAGCAUAAAAUGGUACCUAUAAAAGGUACUAGGUCUUCCCUAAGCAGCAAGAAAAUGUGGGGGGUUUUGCAGAAGAAGACCAGCAAUCUGGGAUACAGCAGAAGAUCAUUAAUUAAUUUGAGCCCGCCUUCCAUGGUGGUUCAGAAACCAGACUACCUUAAUGAUUUCACCCAUGAAAUCCCAAAUAUUCAGACUGAAGCAUAUGAAAGCAUGACAAAAACAACACAGACUGGUGGCCUGCCGAGAGAUCCACAAGACCUUAAGAUAGACAAUCCAUUAAAUCAGCUAUCAACAUUAGCAGGACAGUUGUCUAGCUUGCCACCUGAAAACCAAAACCCAGCAUCUCCUGAUGUUGUACCAUGCCAAGAUGAAAAGCCUUUUAUAAUACAGCAGCCUGCUGCACCAGCAGUAGUUUCAUCUGUGUCAACAAAUAUUCCUCAAAGUUCAUCUCCUACUAGCCCAGAUCCUCGUCCCCCACACAGUCAAAGGAACUACAGUCCAGUGGCAGGUCCAAGCAGUGAUCGCAGCGUCCAUACUAGUACUCCUAGCAUAAGUAACAGUCAGCCAAGUACUCCAGCUCCAACCCUUCCAGUUCAGGAUCCUCAGCUUCUGCAUCACUGCCAGCACUGUGACAUGUAUUUUGCAGACAAUAUCCUUUAUACUAUUCACAUGGGAUGUCAUGGGUUUGAAAAUCCGUUUCAGUGCAACAUAUGUGGGUGCAAAUGUAAAAAUAAGUAUGACUUUGCUUGCCAUUUUGCAAGAGGUCAACAUAACCAACAUUGACUGACAACAUGCUUUCAUUUAGUUUUUUUUAACAUAUGUUUCAUACUUGCUGAAAGAGACCUUGCUCAUCCCCAACAAGAAGUCCAAUAAACAACUUGACAAUGGAGGCAAAAUUCUUUCCAUGUUGUCAUAUAAUAUGCCAGGGAUGUUUGAGUCAUGGAGGUGGUAGUUUUUUGUCACUGUUUAAAAUAAAAAGUUAUGAGGA